AUUUUUCUACCCACCCCGGAGGAUUAAGCGAUCGUCGGGACUUGGGAGAAGGUCAAGAAGAGACGGCAAUGGCGAUGGCGAUGAUGCGAUCUGGAUUUCAAGCAGCACUUCGCAGAGGAGCGAGAACAGCUCCUUCUAAGAGGGGCUUUGCUUCUUCCGCUCAGCACGAGGAUGCUCAUGAAGCGGCAAAAUGGGAAAAGAUAACUUAUGUUGGCAUUGUAUCGUGCACAAUUUUAGCUAUUGUCAACUUAUCGAAGGGCCAUCCACACACAGAGGAGCCUCCUGCGUACUCUUAUUUGCACAUCCGUAACAAGGAGUUUCCAUGGGGUCCAGAUGGCCUUUUUGAGGUGAAGGAACACCAUUAAGGGAAGUACAAGUAGAUUUUUUUGAAACAUUAAGACCUGUUCGAAUAUUCCCUUAGCUUUCUCAAGCAAGGUGAUUUUAAACUUCGACUGUGGUUAGUUGUGUUGGGUUUUAUCUUACUCUGCGGUCCAAUAAAAACAAUGGCGCAAUCUCCCCAGUAUGUUAUCUUGAUUUCUUGAAUGGCUGUUUUACUA